AUGGACCAGGACCAGUGGGCCAGUGGGCCAGUGGGAAUGGAGUGCAAAUGGAGUGCAAAUGUCGAAUGGUGGACAAGAGGCGGACGCGAUCGUGCACUGGUCCGCGAACGGGCAAAACCCACAGCGGAGCCCGUGGUGCUGGACGCAUCCAGUCUGUCGCCAGUCCAGUCUCCGGUGCAGUUUACGCAGUUCACGGUGCAGUCUACCGUCUACCGUCUACCGUCUACCGUCUACCGUCUACCGUCUACAAGACCCCCGGACAUCUCCGUGAUCAAGUCAUACUCCGAGGGCAUCACGAGCUGUGAAACCAGGACUGCCGUAGAUCCCCCAAUCUCCCGUGCAUUUACCCGAUUUGAAUAUCCCCGGGCUCCGCUGCAUGCACGGCCCUGGCAAGCUUGA